AUGUGCGACACCUCGGACGAAGUUUGCUGGUGGGCGGCAUCUGCUUGGGCGCCGAGGACGGAGCGCGGUCGCGGCAGGCGGCUAAAGGCGACGCUGUGCGUCCAGCGCAGAGCCGAAGGAGCCUGCCGGAGACCGCUUGAUCUGAAUCCGAAGCUCAUCCGCCCCAGGCAAGGCCCUUUUUCUCAUCCACCGCCGUCCGCCGUCUUCAUCAUGUCUGUCGAAGUCAUCACGACCAUAUCGCCCACCACCAACGAGGCCAUCCUCACCCGCAAUGGCAUCUCCGAGGCCGACCUGGAGGCCCUCCCCCGCAUCGCCACCGAGGCCUUUCAAAAGUUCCGGAAGACGACUCUCGGGGAGCGGCAGGAAAUCGUCAAAAAAUUCCUCAAGGGCCUCCUGGAGCACGAGGGCGAGCUCGCCGAGGAACUGACGGAACAGAUGGGCCGCCCAAUCGCCUACACGGGCAAGGAGGUGGCGACGGCCGUCAAGCGUGGCGAGUAUCUUCUCAAGAUCAGCGACGAAGCUCUCAAGGACACGGACGGCGAACCGGAGAAGGGAUUCAAGCGCUUCAUCCGCAAGGUGCCCGUAGGACCCGUCCUCGUCAUCUUUGCGUGGAAUUACCCCUACCUCAUCCUCGUCAACUCUCUCAUCCCCGCCAUCCUCGCCGGCAACACCGUCAUCCUCAAGCCCUCUCCGCAGACUCCCACCAUCGUGGAGCGAGUCGCCGGCAUCUUCUCGGAUGCCGGCCUUCCCGAGGGCGUGCUGCAGUACUUUCACUGCGGCUCGCCGACCGUCAUGGAGACGAUGGUGCGGGAUCCCAGGAUCGCCCUCGUCUGCUUCACGGGCUCCGUCGCCGGCGGACUGGCGGUCCAGAAGGCGGCGGCCGACCGCAUCGUCAACGUCGGCCUCGAGCUCGGCGGCAAGGACCCGGCCUACAUCCGGGGCGACGUGGACAUUGACUGGGUCGCCGAGGAGAUCGUCGACGGCGCCGUCUUCAACUCGGGCCAGAGCUGCUGCUCGCUCGAGAGGGUCUACGUGGACGAGAAAAUCCACGACGCCUUCGUCGAGGCGGUGCAAAAGGUGCUCAAGGGCUACAGGCUGGGCGAUCCCUCCGACAAGAGCACGCACCUCGGGCCCGUCAUCUCGACGCGUUCGAAGCAGAUGAUCGAGCGGCACAUCAAGGACGCCUUGGACAAGGGCGCCAAGGACGCGACGCCGGACAACGAGAGCUUCGCGAACCCCCCUGCCAAGGGCAACUUUGUGAAGCCGACGCUGCUGACGGGCGUCGAUCACUCCAUGGCCGUCAUGACGGAGGAGACGUUUGGUCCCGUCAUUCCCGUCAUGAAGGUCAAGACCGACGCCGAGGCGGUCAAGCUCAUGAACGACAGCGAGUUUGGCCUGACGGCGAGCAUCUGGACCAAGGACACGGCGAGGGGGUUCGAGCUCACCGACGAGGUGGAAGCGGGUACCGUCUUCGUCAACAGAUGCGACUACCCAAGCCCGGAUCUCGCCUGGACCGGCUACAAGAACUCGGGCAAGGGACAGACCCUGGGCCGAUUCGGCUUCGAGCAGUUUGUCAAGUCCAAGAGCUUCCACGUCAAGGAUUACCCGAAAUAA